GAAGGACCUCCGUUGUCUACCACAAGCCACAGCACAGACAGCAGUCAGGGAGAGAAGAGAGGAAACGUGGGUACUGAGAGUGGCCGAGGAGACAAAAUGGGAAACUUCAUUCAGUGCGUCGGUGGGUCUCAACCGCUGUUGCUGGGUCGGGAUAAAAAGCGCCCGCCGUCCGGCCUGACCAACGAGGCGAAGGCUCGUGACUUGAAGCCUCGCCCUUCGAAGCUUCGACGUCUGGAGUUUGGUAUGAAGCUUUUCGUCCCCGCGCUGCCUGAAGGAUCUCAGUUUUCGAUUGAAGUUUUGGCGAUUGUGGAGCCCGCUGAAGAGGACACAUCCGACAACGUCCUUCGGAUUCUCUUCGUGUCACCCCCGCGCCAUCGCCACCCGCACACGCGGGCGCACGCUGUUGUCAACCCGCACGUGAUUGCCGGCGUACUGCGGGGACUGAAGCAGAUCUGGAAGCAGGUGGCCCACACGAUGAUGGAAAUCUGCGACGCCAACAGCGACUACGUGGUGCUGCCUCAUCAACUGCAGCCGCCAGGACACUCGCCUCAGGGACUGGACGAACAGGAGCUGUACCUGCUGCAGCAAUCGCGAGCCAACCCCGAUUUGCCGACGCACGACGAAUUGGCAUCCAAGCUCAUAGAAGCGAUUGCUGC